CAAGUAAAGACAUCAAUGAGAUUAAUAAGAGAGAAUGGAGGACAACCAAAAAGAAAUUACACCACUUUUUAAUUCUUCAGAUGAUGCACAAAACAAUCAAGUUGUAAUAGAAAUGUCAUCCAUGGGAAGAAGAUGUUAUGAGAAAGCUUUAUGAAGCAUCAAAGAUUGGGUGUAUACAAAUAUUGAAAACUCUCAUUCAAGACGAUCCAGAUUUCAUUCAAAAAGCUUUGAUGUAUACAACUUCCAUUACGAUUGAGACUCCAUUAUUACACGUCUCCGUUUCUCAUGGCCACCUUGAAUUCACUCAGUUGCUUUUGGAUCACAACCCUCAACUUGCUGAAGUUGAUGCCUUUCAAAGAACUCAACUUCACAUAGCUUGUUCAAAUAAUGGGGAUAUGAAGAUCAUUAAAGCUUUGUUGGAGAAGAACACAAGUACUGCUUGCUUGGUUCAAGAUCUUAAUGGCUUCAUUCCUCUUCAUUACGCAGUGAUUAGUGAGAAUAUUGAGAUGAUGGACUUGUUGAUAAAAACAAGGCCACAAUCUGUUUUGAUGAAGCUUAAAAAUGGUCAAACUGUUUUACAUUUAUGUGCGGAAGGUAACCAUCUACAGGGAAUGAAGCUGCUAAUUGCUUAAACAUUAUUAAUUGAUAAAGAGUUUCUCAACAUAGUGGAUGAUGAGGGCAAUACUAUUUUGGAUUUGUCUUUCAUGUUACGACGAAUUGAGAUGGUAGGAUAUUUUCUCACAAUUCCAGAAAUAAAAACUAGAGCAUUCAUAGACGAUCGUAGUGCAUCCUCAAACAAUACAAAAGAAAGUGUAAAAUCCCGAAAGUUCACAAAAAGAAGAAACUCCAAAAGAAAAAGACGAGAAUCUAUGGCAUUGUACACCAAAAAGACGACAGGGCAAUGGAAGAUAUGGAGGAAGAAGAAUUUAAAGUACAAAGGGAAUUGGAUUGAAGAGGUGCAAGUCACAAUGAUGCUAGUCGCUACCGUGAUCGCAACCGUAACUUUUCAAGCUGGAGUUAACCAUCCAGGCGGUGUCUGGCAACAAGAUACUUCAUUCAGUUAUACGAGCUUUGAGAAGAAUAGUACACAUACUGGGAUGGGAUUAUAUAGCAGUUUAAGUGACUACAAUAACAGAACUGUUGUUUUACCAGCUGGAACUUCAAUAAUGGUUUACCAACAAGAGGAAGAGUACUGGAUAUACUUAUGGAUUAACACGGUGUCUUUCUUAGCAUCGAUGAGUUUGAUGUUGAUGAUCGUUAGCCGAUUUCUGUUACAAAAUAGGAUUUGUAGUUGCCUAUUGACCUUAGCGACGUGCAUAGCGGUGGUAUCCUUAGCAAUUGGGUAUUUGCUUGGAGUUAAAAUGGUUAACCUCAUGUCAUUUAGUGAUUAUAUAGAGAUCAAUCCAUAUGACAAUGCAUUUCCUGAAACAAUUAUGUGUUGUCUUGGGGUGGUUGGAAUGGUUGGCUUAUGGCAACUUACUCACUUUCUCAAGUCCUUAUUUCACAUUUUCACCUCUAAGCUCAAAUCUCUCGCAACUUCAAGGUAAACUCAACAAUAAUACGUUCUUCCAAUCCACUAUUUAGUUAAAGAAGGGGUAAGUAAGUAUAUUAAUUAUUAUAGCUUCUAGUGUGCGUGUGUUUCACUUAUUUAAUUAUAUUUUUACCUGUACACACUGCAAUGAUUUAAUUUUACAUGUAUGUUAAUUUGAAUAAUGUCUGUAUAUGUGUAUGUUAUUGAUCCCAUUUCUGUGUGUUGGAUAUAGUGGUUCUCUAAUACACUCUAUAGUGGUGAUUUGACAUUGAAA